ACACACUAAUCAGAUUUUUUUCUGUCUCGAGCAGUCUUCAAUAAUUAUUAAAUUCAGCAAGUACAAUUCAAAUAAAUAAAUUGUAACAAAUUUUGGAUAAUAAUAUUUAAAAAUGGGUAAACCGAAAAUUCAUUGUGCAAAUUGCCAGAAAAAAUGUUCCGGUGAAGUGCUGCGCGUAACUGACAAAUACUUCCAUAAAAGCUGCUUUCAAUGCAUCAAAUGUAAAAAAUCAUUGGCUGUUGGAGGAUUUUUCUCGAAAGAUUCCAACUAUUACUGUGUCGGUUGCUAUCAGAAAACUUUCGGUACAAAAUGUGCCGUUUGUCAACAAUAUGUUGAAGGUGAAGUUGUCUCGACGAUGGGCAACACAUACCAUCAAAAAUGCUUCACUUGCACUAGGUGCAAUCAGCCUUUCGAGUCAGGCAGCAAGGUCACAAACACCGGAAAGGAAAUUUUAUGCGAAAAGUGUGUCGUGGGUGGAACGAUAAAGCAGAAAACAAUAACACAACAGCACGCUAGCCCAACAAAAGCUACGGCACAACAACAGCAUAAUGAGAUUCUUCAAAAGCCAACAAGCCCCAAAGAUAUCGACCCGAACAAUUGUGCAGGUUGCGGUGCAGAAUUGAAGGAGGGACAAGCCCUUAUUGCUUUAGAACGACAAUGGCAUAUUUGGUGUUUCAGAUGUGUCUGCUGUGGAACUGUUUUAAGCGGCGAAUACAUGGGUAAAGAUGGUCAACCUUACUGCGAAAAAGAUUAUCAGAAAUCUUUUGGUGUAAAAUGUGCUUAUUGCGAGCGUUACAUUAGCGGUAAAGUUCUUCAAGCUGGGGAUAAUCACCAUUUCCACCCGACAUGUGCUCGUUGUUCUAAAUGUGGUGAUCCAUUUGGUGAUGGUGAAGAAAUGUAUUUGCAAGGAACCGCAAUUUGGCAUCCACGAUGUGGUCCGGGACCAUCAGAGAAUGGAAUACUUUUAAAUGGAAAUGGAGCUGCUGAAAUUGAUCAUAUAAGCAAUAGUGCAAUGAGCGAAAUUCAAUUUUCUUUACGUUCACGCACUCCUAGUAUCAAUGGAUCCGUUUGUAGUCCAUUUACUGGUAGACGAUAUCAUCGCACAAUCAGUCCGGGUCUUGUUCUUCGUGAAUACAAUCAAAAUUAUGGCGAAGAUAUUUCACGGAUUUACACCUACAGCUAUUUAGCUGAAGAUAUUUCGGGAUUGAGAAAACCUAUCGAUCCUUAUGAUAAGAAGCCAGUUUCGCCACAUUUUCAUCGUCCCAACUUUAUCAAUGCUGGACGGCCACCAUCUCGUCCUCAAUCGAGAAGUCGAUCUGCAAUGAAAGUUUUAGUUGACAGCAUUCGAACAGAAACGCCGCGUCCAAAGAGUCCAGGAAUGAACAAUGAAGAACCAAUUGAAAUGAGUCAUUAUCCUGGUGGAAAGAAACCAAAACCGGGUGAAAAAUCGAAAAUAGAACGCGAUGAUUUUCCAGCACCACCACAUCCAUGCACAGAUCCUGAAAGAAGAAGAAGAUAUUCCGACUCAUACAAAGGUGUUCAAACAUCGGACGAUGAAGAUCAAGUUGAUAAAGCUGUCGAGGAAAAUAUCGAACCGGUGCUGAAGAAAGGAGAAGAAGAGUUAAAGAAAAUCAACUCAGGAAUGAGUAAAGUUAUAUUAAAGGACAUCAAGGAACGUCAAAAAUAUAAAAUAUGGAAACAAAAUAAUUUAGAUCCUAGAAAUGCAUCACGAACGCCAUCAGCGAAUAAAGAACCUGUUUAUAAAUUGAGGUACGAAAGUCCACUUGGCGCCAGUCCCUCAAGGAACUUGGAUCACUCUCGUCCCUUUGAAGACGAACUUUUUGAUAGAUCCAUGAGCUACAGAGGUUCAGUUGGUCGUGUUACCGGUGUUGGAAAUAGUUAUAAUGCUAUAAAUUCCUACCGAUCCCCAAAACCAGGAAGUGGUUACAAACAUUCAACUCUUCCGUCAUCAAUUCGAAAUGGCUAUAGCUCUGACUUUUCUUACGGUGGAUUAGGUGACAAGACACAUAGCACAGAAUUUUCAUGUGGAAAAUCUGAUAUUUCAGUCGAUUCUAUAACGGAAGGUGACCGUCGUGCUUUAGGAGCUGAAAUUCCAGCAUCAAGCACUUAUUCUGGUGCAAUUUACAAUCAAUAUCCACAAUCUGGGUUAGUUCGCAGAUCCUUGCCAAACAUGGCUCAUUCAAUGCUUGUUCAUGAGCCAGCAAAGAUUUAUCCUUAUCACUUGCUUCUCAUUACAAACUAUCGGUUGCCAGCUGAUGUUGAUCGCUGUAAUUUGGAAAGACAUUUGUCUGACGCUGAAUUUGAAGCUGUUUGCGGAUGUGCACGAGCUGAGUUUUACCGAUUACCUCAAUGGAGACGAAACGAAUUAAAAAGGCGCGCAAGAUUAUUUUAAGCUGGAAACAAAAGUUCUUCAUACCGAAACAUUUAAAAAUGCUUUUAGAUAAGAUGAAAAUUGAAUUAAACAAUAAGAUAUUUGUUGAAUGAGCAUAGAACUAAUUGGAGCUUCUCAUAAUCGCAGAAGUAAUUUAAGAAGAAUUGGAAAUUCUCGAUACUUUAUUAAUGAUAUUUGAUGAUAGCUUUCAAAUCAUGCUUUGAAAUGUAAUUUCCAUCACCUGAAAAUAUUUAUUGAAACCAAAAGAAAAAUAAGAGAAAGGAAAUUUUACGAGUAAUUUAUUGACACAUUUCUUCAAUUGGGAAAUUAAUUAAUAUGAAAACUUGCUAGAUGAAAAAAAGCUUGAAUUAGAAUUUAAAAAAAAAUCUUGCAAAUAUAUUUUUGUUAAAAGAUAAAAUUGAAUGAAAAAAAAGAAAAAAUGCCUACAAUAAUAUAUUUUGUGAAGUUAUGGUUUGACUUCAAUCAGCUAUUCAAGUUUAGAUAAAAAUUGCCGCGUAGAGUUCAGAAAUCAGACAUAUACAAUAUUUGUUGCACCAAUCUUUAAUAAAAACUACAUCACAUGCUGCUUUUUAAACAUUUAUAUGUGUUUAUGAUAAAUGCUUUAUUUGCCUGAAUUUUAAUGAAAAAGCUUCUAAAUUUUAUUAUUUAAUAAUUUAGUUAUUUAAAAAGAUGCUUUGAGAGAUUAAGCUUUGGUUAAGUCUACCUUUUACGUAAUGCGAAAAGCUUUUUAUAUAAUUAGUUAACUUUUUUUUGGAGAGAUCUUAAGGAGAAAAUUAAACGAACUUUUUGUUCCUUAAAUUAAAAACGAGGGAUAGUUUUAUGAGGAAAUUUUCCAAUAAUUUUAAAACUUUAGGAAGCUUUCAUUUAUAAAUAUUCUUUCAAUCCUAUACUUUGUCUAAAAAUCAAACAUCACAUUAUUUAAUGCAAUUACCUACUUUGAAUCAUUCAGAAGUUUUAAUUUCUUUUUCUUUAACUUUAUUUCUGAUGUAAGCUUUAUGAGCUAAAAUGCAAAAUAAAAAUAAAAUAAAUCUUGAAAAUAAAAAUUCAAUAAAAAG